CGAAAGUAUCUCCUUUGGAAACACCUCAGAAUGUACUUAGGCACUUCAAGCUCUCGCUCACUGCAUUUGAAGACCACUGUACUUUCAAUCUUGACAGAGGCGAAAUAAUCCUCUAUCUCUUCCCAUUUUUAAGCACUACCUCCUGUGGCAAAAUGACCAAGUCAACAGUAGAAGAGCACGAGGCGAGAGGUGCAACUUCCAAGGUCUUCCAAGACCUAACAAACGCACCGACCCCUCCGCUUCCAGAUGCUGCUCAAGAAGAAUGGUGGCUAGAUGCAGGGUCCCUGCUAUCGCGCCUGCUUCAAGUCGGCCAAUACACCCUCAAGCAGCAAGAAGAACAUCUUCUUUUCUUUCGUCAACACUUCCUCCCUUACUUCGGUCCAUAUCCGCCAAGAUGGAACAGUGUCCUCACUCGAAGCGGUCUUCCUCUUGAAUACAGUCUGAACUUCCAGCAAAGCAGGGACCCUGUCGUCCGCAUCAGCUUCGAGCCUGUCAGCCACUUUGCUGGGACGUCUGCGGAUCCAUUCAACAAGCGGCCGAGUGAGGAGAUGGUAGAUCGGGUUGCCAAAAUGAGACUCAGGAAUUUCGACAGAACCCUAUUUGACCACUUCGCAACGGAAACGUUCAUCACAGACAAUGAGGUUGAGCGGAUUCCCAACCUUGACAGUUACCCUGUCAAGACCCAUACGGCACUGGCGUUUGAUCUCAACGGCGAUGAUAUCUGCGUGAAAGGAUACGUUCACGUCCGAUGGAAGAGCAUGUCCAGCAAAACCCCAAUUCGUGACCUAAUCCAGACCACUUUUGCGAAAGUCAAAGUAAAGAUGAACUGCGCCGCCGCAGUCGAUCUAGUAGAUGCCUACAUGGCGGAAACCUCUUCCUACAACCAGUACAACUUUCUAGCAUGGGAUCUCACCCCCCUGCAUCAGUCCCGGUUGAAGCUCUACGGCGCCCACAAUGAAGUCUCCCUGUGCAAGAUCGAAGAAGUAUGGACUCUGGGCGGUCGUUUAACGGAUCAGAUUGCAACAGAGGGCCUCGGGUUGAUAUACCGGCUUUGGGAGCUUUUGGGGCUCGAUUCAACAACCCGCCAGUACGGCAACGGGUACGACGACUACAUGAACCAAGGGGUAGAUGACAGGCUUUCGCCGCUCAUUUGGAACUACGAAAUGCGUGCGGGCUCUACUCGGCCGUCCCCAAAGAUCUACUUUCCCGUCCACGGCGAGAAUGAUCUCAAGGUGGCAACUGCGGUUUCGCACUUUUUGGCGUCGCUUGGGCCGAAGUCCGAGGGAGCGAAUUAUGUGAAGUGUUUGGCUUCGCUGUACCCCCAUUUGGAUAUCAGUAUGACCUCGCGUCUCCAGGCUUGGAUAUCCUACUCAUACACGGAAAAGGGCGUUUACAUGAGUGUUUAUUACCACUCGACGAGCUCAUAUCCAUUGCCUAGUUGCGCCCAUUGACAGCUCAGGGUUGCCUUCUAAUCAGAAGUAGUCUAGUG